CAAUUGGUUAUUCAUUAGAGAUGCAGGCAUCUAGAACUUGGUAUACUACAAUCUUGUAGUUCUGUUGAAUACAAAAACUCAUUCAACUCACUGUUAUUAGCAGCUUAAGAACCCCUGAACGACAACCUGAUAAGUUAUGCUAAAGUCAUUGGUCUUACAGGCUUGUCUAGCGGUGGACAUUGUUGCAUAUGGAGGUAGCCUAUUUACACUACGAAGAAUGGCGGUAUUAUCUUUUUGUUGUUUUUGGAAGUUAUACUUACCAGUCAAUUUUAUGAUUCAUUGUGCAUUUGUUUGUGGGAUUUGCAUAUUUUCAGUUUCGCAUUGUUCUGUAGAAGUUCAUUGUUUCGAUUUGAUUUUAUUUGAUCUUCUGUCGUUAUUAUAUCAAAGUACAGCAACUUUGCUUUAGUUCUGGUGUUCACUGCAAGUAUUCUUAUUUAUGUGGACUCUCAUGUCAAAAUUUUCUAAGAGCAAGGAUAUGAAAAUUCUCUCUUUUGUUAUAGACUUUGUUGGGCUUUGUUUGGCAUUAGCUCUUCUAUCAAUCAAAUAUCAUCUAAUGUCUCUUGUUUCUCCUGAGCCAGACAUGAAAAUGAUGGGUUGGAAUGCGAAUGUCUGGGCAAAUGAGAUCACUUCUGAUUGACCAAAGCUACCAGAGGUAGAAGAAUCAUGCAGAAAAGUUGGGAAGUUCAUUGUAGAAGCUCUUCAGCAAAUCAUGAAAAAUGUUGGGAAGGUUUUGUUUGAAAACUGUUUGGCUGAGAUUACAGCUCAAUCCAAUUGUUUUCCUCAAGCACCAAGUCCUGUAGUGGCAUUCAUGAAUUAUGUUUUUGAUUUGUAUGGGGAAGACGAUCGAUGGGGUUAGGUUCAGGGGCCGGGUCCAAGUACCACAGUUGCCAUCAGCAGCAAACACUCUGCCUCUUGCAUUCUUCUUCUCCGCUCAAUCCACCCCAAAUCAACAACAUGAAGAAGAAAAAGAAGAAGAAAGCAUAAUCAACAAGGCUUUCUGGAGCAGAAAGAUUCAUAACCUCUGCACCCGCGACCGCAACGUGGACGAAGCUCUCCGCCUUCUGGACUUGCUUCGCCUCCGAGGCUACCGACCCGACUCCCUCAAUCUUAGCAGCAUAAUUCACGCUCUCUGUGAUGCCAACCGUUUCUCUGAAGCUCACCAUCGCUUUCUACUCUCCUUUGCUUCUCACUGCGUCCCGGACCAGCGCACCUGCAACGUCCUCAUUGCUCGCUUACUUGACUCUCGUACCCCACAUGCCACACUGCAUGUUUUUCGCGGUUUGAUCGCUGUAAGACCCGAAUUUGUGCCCUCUUUGAUUAACUACAAUCGUUUGAUACAUCAGCUUUGCUCGUUUUCACAACCCAAUGAAGCCCAUGGAUUGUUUUUUGAUAUGAGGAGCAGGGGCCAUUGCCCAAAUGCGGUUUCUUACACUACUCUCAUAGAUGGUUAUUGUAAAAUUGGUGAAGAGACUAGUGCAUGGAAGUUGUUUGACGAAAUGCUUGAGAGUGGAGUAGUGCCCAAUUCACUGACCUAUAGUGUAUUGCUUAAAGGGGUUCUUUGCAAGCGGGAUGUUGAACGUGGAAGGGAACUGAUGUGCAAACUUUGGCAGAAAAUGAUGGAUGAGAAUGACCCAUCUGUGAACAAUGCAGCCUUUGCUAAUCUCAUUGAUUCUCUAUGCAAAGAAGGGUUCUUUCUUGAAGUGUUCAGGAUUGCAGAAGAUAUGCCUCAAGGGAAGAGUGUGAGCGAGGAAUUUGCAUACGGGCAAAUGAUAGACUCUCUUUGUAGAUGUGGAAGGAACCAUGGGGCUUCCAGAAUUGUUUAUAUAAUGAGAAAGCGAGGGUUUUUUCCGAGCUUAGUAUCUUAUAAUUAUAUCGUACAUGGGCUAAGCAAGGAGGGUGGUUGUAUGAGGGCUUAUCAAUUGUUAAAGGAAGGAGUUGAAUUUGGGUUCAUGAUGUCAGAGCAUACAUAUAAGGUUCUAUUAGAAGCUCUUUGUCGUGACGCUGAUCUCUGCAAGGCAAGGGAAGUUAUGCAGUUAAUGUUGAACAAGGAAGGAGUAGAUCAAACUAGGAUCUACAAUAUUUAUUUAAGAGCUCUUUGUCUUAUGAAUAACCCAACCGAGCUUCUGAAUGUGCUUGUUUUCAUGCUGCAGACCCAAUGCCAGCCUGAUGUGAUUACCCUGAACACAGUUAUCAAUGGGUUCUGCAAGAUGGGGAGAGUUGAAGAAGCCUUGAAAGUACUAGAUGAUAUGGUGAUGGGAAAAUUUUGUGCUCCUGAUUCUGUGACCUAUACCACUAUUAUCUGUGGUUUACUGAAUCUCGGAAGAUCUGAAGAAGCACUUGAUGUAUUGCGACGAGUAAUGCCCGAAAAAGGUUUUAAGCCUGGUGUUGUAACAUUUAACGCAGUUCUUCAUGGUUUGUUUAAGCUGCAGCAAGCAAAUGUAGCAACGGAGGUUUUUAACAGUAUGGUAAGUGAUGGGGUAGCUGCUAACACUAUAACCUACACUAUAAUAAUUGAUGGAUUAUUUGAGUCUGACCAAAUAGAUGAGGCUAAGAGGUUCUGGGAUGAUGUUAUCUGGCCAUCAAAGGUUCAUGAUAACUUUGUUUAUGCAGCAAUUCUCAAAGGGCUUUGCCGCUCAGGCAAAUUGAACGAGGCUUGUGAUUUCUUAUAUGAAUUGGUAGAUUGCGGGGUUACUUUGAAUGUUGUGAACUAUAACAUUUUGAUCGACCAUGCUUGCAAGUUAGGUUCGAAGAGAGAAGCUUAUGCAAUUGUUCAAGAAAUGAAAAAGAAUGGAUUGACCCCAGAUGCUGUGACUUGGAGGAUUCUUCACAAAUUACAUGGGAAUGUGGGGAAGUGAUUCUGUCUUGAGGAUUUAGCAUUGCAACCCAAAGAGGGUUUGCAUGAGGCAAGAAAAUCUGAAUUUCUGAAGCAAAAUCAAUGAAAAAACAGAAAGGGAUCCAGACACUGAACAUGUAAAAAGUGACCUGAUGUGAUGUUUCCUGUCAGGGGUCAGGUCAAGGAGGCUACGUCUAUUGCUGGGAGAUACCAUCCAUCUAAAGGAUGAUGCAAGAAUUCAUGAUGUAAAAGCAUGGAAUUAUUAAUUUAAGAAAUUUUACUGAAUGAAAAGAUCUACAAAGAGUGUUUCUGAAUAUCAAUAUUUGUUCCAAUUAGUCUGCAACUCAAUUUCUGUGGGCUGUGUACCGAAGGAGAUAAAAGCAGCCAGGUACAGAAUUUUUAUAUAAGACUAAGGAUGGGGGUUUUUUCCUUUCUAUUUUUUGAUUCUCUAGAAUGGAAGAUUAGCUAAUGUAGUCCAUUGCUGGAGAAGAUAUCAAUUGCUCUUUUUCAGUGUGUCCGAGUAUCCUACUUCUUGUAGGAUUACAGUCAUCUCUGUAACUGCAUAUGCCCCAUAACUUCUUGGUCAUUUAUGAAGGAUCAAUGGAUUCCAGCUUAUCUUA